GCCAGAGCUCACACACACAUACACUGCACAGAACCCUCAGCAAGCGUCUCCACCAGCACACUCCUUGCUCUCCACUCACUCACCCAGCAGACAUGUCUACUAAUUUCAACGGGUACUGGAAAAUGUUAAGCAAUGAGCAUUUUGAAGACUAUAUGAAGGCUUUGGAUGUUAACAUUGCAAUAAGGAAAAUCGCCAACCUGCUGAAGCCGGACAAGGAAAUUAUUCAGAAUGGUGACCACAUGAUCAUCAAAACACUAAGCACUUUCAAAAAUUAUAUCAUGGAGUUCGAUGUGGGAAGGGAGUUCGAGGAGGAUUUGAGUGGAGUGGAUGAUCGCAAAUGCAUGACCACAGUCAACUGGAGAAAUGACCAACUGGUGUGUGAACAGAAGGGUGAGAAGAUCGGACGAGGAUGGACACAGUGGAUGGAAGGAGAUGAACUGCACUUGGAAAUGCGAGUAGGAGAUGUUGUCUGUAAACAGGUUUUUAAGAAGGUGCAACAGUGAUGCCAACUACACACAAUAAACCACCAUCCCAAGUAGAAGAUUGAAAAAAAUAACCUCCCCCCCCCCAUAUCCGUUAUUCUGCUGCAUUGAUGUUUUAGAGUUGAGUUUCUGUGUUUUAUAAUGUGUCUUUAGGUACAUUAAUAAAAACACUAAUCUGACUUCUGA